AUGUCUGCACCGCCUCACGUUGGUCUUAGUACGGUGCAAAGAGAAGAACAUUGUGCUAAAUUGGGAGAAAUGUCAUUUUAUGGAUUUAGCAAAAUCACCAGGCCUCUAUGCAAAUUGUUGGUAAAGGAGACCCCGUUUAUAUUUGAUGAGGAUUGCAAGAACGAAUUUGGGGCUCUAAAAAAGAUUUUGACGUCCAUACCCAUUAUCAAGCCACCCAACUGGGGUGCACCAUUUGAGAUCAUGUGCAACGCUUUAGACUAUACAGUUGGAGCUGUUUUGGGGCAGUGUAUUGAUAAACUCCCCCAUGUCAUCUACUAUGUGAGCAGGACUCUGAAUGAUGCCCAACUCAAUUACUCUACCAUUGAGAAGGAGUUGAUCCAAAGUCAUCAUCUACUCAGAUCAUGUGGCAUUGAAGUACUUUUCUCCAAUAAAGAUGUUAAAUCUCGCCUCAUCUGGUGGAUCUUACUGGUGCAAGAGUUUGAUAUAGAGAUUCGGGAUAAGAAGGAUUUCGAAAAUGAGGUGGCUGAUCAUUUGUCUAGAUUGACUGUGGAAUUCACUAAGGAAGUCACUCCCAUCUCUGAGACCUUCCCUGAUGAGCAAUUGAUGCACAUUGCUCACACUCCUUCACCGUGGUUCGCAGAUAUAGUGAACUAUCUUGUCACUGGUCACAUGCCUUUGCAUUGGGGGCGGCAAGAUAAAUCCAGGUUUAUGGCCAUUGCGAAGUACUUUUUCUGGGACAAUCCUUACCUUUUUAAGUAUUGUCCUGAUCAAAUCAUUAGGAGAUGUAUCCCUGAGCAUGACCAAUCUAAUGUCAUCUCCUUUUGUCAUGAUCAUGCAUGUGGAGGCCACUUUAGUGCAAAGAAUACCGCUGCAAAGAUUUUACAGUGUGGAUUUUAUUGGCCUACCUUAUUCCGUGACUCUCACACUACUAUACCUCUUUUUUUGAAGGACAAUAUCUUUGCUUGUUUUGGUACUUCCCAAACAAUCAUAAGUGAUGGAGGUAAGCAUUUCUGCAAUAGGAUUUUUGAGCAGUUGAUGAAGAAAUAUUUCAUCACACACAAGGUUGCAACCCCAUAUCACCCUCAGACUAGUGGACAAGUGUUGGUAUUUAGUCAGGAGAUCAAGAGAAUUUUUGAAAAGACGGUAAAUCUUUCACGGAAAGAUUGGUCUCUGAACUUGAAUGAUGCACUGUGGACAUACCGCACAGCCUUCAAGACCCAAAUUGGCAUGUCCCUCUAUCGGCUUAUCUAUGGCAACGCUUGUCAUCUUUCGGUGGAGCUAGAGCAUCAAGCUUAUUGGGCCAUCAAGCAACUGAACUUCGAUCUCACGAAAGCUGGCUCACAGAAGAAGCUCCAACUCAAUGAAUUGGAGGAGUUGAGGAAUGAUGCUUAUGACUGUGCCAGGUCAUACAAGGAAUGA